AUGUCAUUGAAGGGCCAUGAACGAGGUGUUUCAUGCAUGUCCUACUUCCCAGAUGGCAAGCAGAUCAUCAGCGGUUCUGGGGACAAGACUGCUCGAAGAUGGGAUCUACAGAAGAGUAAAGAGAUUGUGGAGGCACGAGAUGUCUGCGAAGAGGGCGUGUAUGCGGUGACGGUAUCAAAGGAUGGUCGAUAUGUUACCACUGGUGGUGGAGAGAUGGAUACCAGGGAGCUCAAAGCCUGUGAGGUCGAGACGGGGAUCGUGAAAGCUUUUCGAGGCCACUCAGAGAGAGUUGCCUGUGUUGAUAUCUCUGCAGACAGCACACUAUUGGUGAGCGGAUCAUGGGAUACUACAGCGCAAAUCUGGAGCUUGGACACUGACUCGGAGAAACUCGCAGUAAAGUCAGAGGUGGGGACUUGCCUUGAAGUCUGGGAUGUCCAUACAGAGACUUUGGAUAUCAGAGCAGGCAAAUCUGGUGGCAAUUUGAACAUGGCAUUUGCGCCAGUGUUCUGGACCAACAACCUGAAAAAGAGAACCAUCGUAACAGCAUGCAACUUCGCGAAUGAUGAAGAAGCUACAAUGAUCAAUGAGUUUGAUGCAUUGACUAUGGAGAUUGUUGGAGCUCCCUUCGAAGGCCACACCAAAUGUAUCACCAGUCUAGCACCUUCAUCUGGUGGUACUCUCCUCGCUAGUGCUUCCCAAGAUCAUAGCAUCAAACUGUGGGCCUUUGAUUCCCGCCAGCUCCUCGCCUCUUUUCAUGUUCAGGAUGUCAAAUUACUCGUGCCCUCACCUGACUCACGCCACUUGGCUUACACCAUCACUGGUCGUGACAUCUGUAUAUGCAACACUCCACCCGCUGUACUAACUGCGCUGGAAGCGCAAUCCACCCUCCAAAAAUCCAAUAAAACUCUUGAACAUUUACUUCAGUCAGAUGCCCGUCGUCCUGCUGCAGUGCGUCGUAACCCAGGGACGUUGCCUGCCAUAUCCUUCACCCCCAGGCGGCAAAGACCUCCAGCUACUACAAACCAGCAACAACCAAUUUAUCUUCGCCUUAGCAAGCUCUUUCACUUCUCCUCUCGUCAGACCAAUCAACCUCGUGAUCCCCUAGAUUUCCCUGCUACACUACCUCUACCAUCCAAUUUAUCUCUCUCGCAGCAGUCUGCAACUCAGGUGGAGAAUUUCGAAAUAAGUUCCCCGCCUUACUCCUCAAACGGAGUUGCACAAUUUCUACGGCAGCACCUUCCUUUCCUCAUACCUAGACAUAGCCAUGGGCCACCGGUCAUUGAUGUCGCAACCGGGCGGAAAGUCACUCGUCUUGCUGCUGCCAAAUUACCUGAAUACAGGAAAGUUGACGAUACACGACAUCCUCCUAGCCAACAGCCCAGGGUAACGCAGGACAUUGAAUCGUCUGACAUUGAUUCGCUCCCAGACGUGCAUUGGUUCAAGGUGUUCCUUUGCUAUUAUUCAUGCUUUUCUCAUGGUAGACUGAGGAUGCCACCACAAUGGCACUUGGAGCGUGUUGACAUACCCCACCAGGAUGGCGUGGCGGGUAGCGGACACAGUGGUAUACGCUUUGCUGUCACUACUUCUUCAUCUGAGGGGCACACUGGUGGCACACUGGUUUGGUUUCAUUCCAAUGUCCAGCUGUGGGAUGCAGCAAUGAUGCUGCCAUUAGGUGAACCCUUCCGAGGGCACACUGGUUUGGUUUUGUCAGUUUCGUUCUCUCCUGAUGGCACUCGCAUCAUGUCUGGUUCACAAGAUUCCACUGUCCGGCUGUGGGAUGCAGCAACAGGGCUGCCAUUGGGUGAGCCCUUCCGAGGGCACACUCGUCUGGUUUUGUCAGUCUCGUUCUCGCCCGAUGGCACUCGCAUCGUGUCUGCUUCAGAAGAUUCCACUGUCCGGCUGUGGGAUGCAGCGACAGAGCAGCAAUUCCAGGAGCACAUCGAGAUCCACUCCUCCGCAUUCUCUUUGGACAGACGUCCCACCACACCUUGCAUUUGCUUUGCAUCAAGCUUAGAAUAUUAUGCACUACAAGACCCUGCUGAGCUACUCGAGGGCACUUCUCAUCUUGAUUCAAAUCCUGUCAUGCUGAAUGAUGGAUGGAUGAAAGCAGCCCACCAUCGGCUGUUUUUCUGGGUACCACUUGCUUCCCGAGAACGCCCAUUUUAUUCUCCUAGGAUUGCAUUUACGAUACCCAGGGGGCAAGAGAUUGAUUUGAGUCACAUGGCCCAUGGAGAAAACUGGUCGAAUUGCCGAGAUGUGUGA